UUCUAUUGGUCGGCGAUGCUUGAGAUAACAUGGCGGCAAUCGGCGCGCGAUUCGUUCCUAAACGCGGUCAGUAGGUUACGCAACCUCGCGACGCGCGCGUCGUCGCCGUCGUCGUUGUCGUCGUUGUCGUUGUUUAGUGGCAGCGCCUCGGGUCGAUUUGACGGUGACGGAGGUGCGGUCGGUCGCCGAUGCGGCGACGAGUGGCGAGCGCGCAAAAUGGCGCCCAAGCGUGUAAUUUUGAUGUCAUGCGGCAGCUAUAACCCGCCGACGAAUAUGCACCUGCGAAUGUUCGAAAUUGCUCGAGACCAUCUGCAUCGAUUGGGAACGCACGUUGUCGUCGGCGGGGUGAUCUCUCCAGUGCACGAUGUGUACGCCAAGAAAGAGCUGGCCAGUGCUACUCACAGAUGCGCGAUGCUGCGACUCGCGUUACAGAACAGCGACUGGAUUCGACUGAGCACAUGGGAGACCAGGCAAAACUGUUGGUCCAAGACCCGCAUUAGCUUACAGCACCAUCAGAAUCUCCUCAAUUCAGUGCUGUCCAAUUCCAAUGACAUCAAGCAUCACCUACAGAUAGAGGACACUGAGUGGAUUCCUGAAAACGUGAAGAACAGCGAAGACAGUACACCGAUACAGAUUAAACUGCUGUGUGGCGCAGAUCUACUAGAGAGCUUUGGCAUUCCUGGACUUUGGGUGGAGGAAGAUAUUGACGCAAUUGUCGGCGAGCAUGGUCUUGUGGUCAUCACCAGAGAAGGUGCCAAUCCUAACAAGUUUAUUUAUGACUCGGACAUUCUCUCCAAGCAUAUGAACAAUAUCUGUAUCGUAACCGAAUGGAUUCCGAAUGAAGUUAGUUCGUCGAGAAUCAGACGAGCUUUGAAGCGCGGCGAGAGUGUCCGGUACUUGUUGCAGGACUCCGUCAUAGAUUACAUCUACAAGCAUGAGAUCUACGACGCGAGAAUGCCAGACACGACAAUUAAGUUGGAAUUGCCAUCGCCGAAUGCGAACAAUUACCUGCACAUACAUCCCCGAUACCUAACCGCAUUUCUAACACCGUCACCCAGCGAUGUAACCAUGGGCUCGCCGAGCCCGGUCGAGAUCGCCGCGUCUAUCGAUGUGCCGGACGCGGUGCUACGCAAAAACCUGCAGAACACUGUGGGUGGUGGUGGGCUCGACGAGAUUCGCGAACAAUUCGUUAGCGUGAUCAGUAACAGCGCCGACAACGGCAACGUCAAGCACGUAUCUAGAGCCGCGUAUCCUGGUCAGGCGAAACAGAUCAUCGCCAGCGCGACCGGCGUCGCGCGAAUUGUAGACGAGGUAGGUGCGCUUGACGAGCCGAUGGCGAGGUCUCGGCCUGGUCCUUCGUCAGAAGAGGGUCAUAGAUCGAUAGAUAGUGUCGCGGAUAGAGCUACUAUUGGACAGAGAGAGGUCUCGGAUUUCAGAUCCAAGACAGAAAUUAUUGAUGUGGAUUUAGGUUCAAACGAUGAUCAUGAAGUAAUAGUAAAAAUUUCUUCGAGUUCUAGCAAAUUGGUGUCGAACGAGGAUCGUAGGAUGACGGUAGACAGUAUUGCAAAGGAUAAAGACGCGUCAAGUAUGAAAUCUAAGGAAAUUGUCGAUGUAGAUUUAGGUUCUGGUGAACUCGUGUCGAAAGAAUGUUCUAGGUCAACAAUAAAAAUUGCAGUAAAGGGUAAAACUGAGAUUGGACAGAAAGAUGCCUUGGAUUUGAGAUCUAAGAUGGAAAUUGGUGCUGUAGGUUUAGAUUCGACUGAUAAUCGCGAAUUAAUGAUGAAGGUUCAACCUAGCGAGUCAAGUUCUGGCGAACUUCGUUUGGGAGAAUGUUGCUGGCCGAAAAGAGAAGGCGCUGCGAAUGACGAAGUCGAAGCUCGCGAUAGAAAAGUUAUUUCUGGGAAAAACAUAAUCGAUGUAGAGUUAGGUUUAAAUGAUAAGAAUGCGCUGAAAGAAACACGUAAGUCUACGGUAGAAGCGAACACUGGCGAAGUAAGUUCGAAUCAGUCUAGUUUUAGCACAAUUGGAUUGGAGAAGAGCUCCAGAUCAAUGGUAAAAGAUGUCAUAGACGGAAAAGUUAAUGUUGGCAACAAAGAAAUAGUUGACUUAGAGUUUUCCGAUGUUGUUAAGGUUCAGCCUGUUCAUUCCAGUCAUGGCAUACUUUCGUUAAAAGAGGAUCGUAAAUUAAUAUUAGAAAAACUUACGAACGAGCUUAAAAUUAAGCUUGACGAGGAAAAAAAUAAGUCCAAAGAAAGUUUACAGGUAGAUAAAAUAGGUAAAGACGAUGUAAAACUAACUAAACUUAGUGCAAAAGAUGAUAUGAAUGUUGAAGUCAAUAAUGAUGUGGAAAUCGAUUCUAGAAAAGAGAUAUCUGAUUUCGAAUCGGAUAAAACUAAAUAUCUAGAAGCCAAGGCGACUUCAUCGUUGAAUGUUUCUUUGACAUCACUGGACGGCCGUCACGAAUGUGCUCUGUCCGAUUUUAGCGUAGACAAGGAAGAUUAUCGCCUUAGUCAAUAUGAUUCCGAGGAAGAUGUAGAAGAAAAAAAGAAACCUUCAUAUACUGCCAAACUGAAUUUGAAGUACGCUGACGGUCAAACCGAAGAUGCUACAGAUAACCUAGCUGAUUCUAUAAACGAUAACGAAAGUAUAAGAAAAAGUGAUAUUUCCAAGAGCCAGAAAGAGUUAUCUUUGAUUAAAGAAGUCGAUAAUCGCGUAAAGUCUUCAGGAGAAACAGAUCAAUUGAAAUAUGCCGUGGAAGAAUCACUUUCAGACGAUAAGUAUUACCUUGAAGGUGACGAACGCACAAAAGAAAUAUUCAAGACGUCGCGAGAAGCUGACAAGAGAACGGAGAGAAGAUCAGAAUUAGACACUUAUUCCUCAGAAAAACGGAUGACAUCUUGCGAUUCGAGUCUCGAGAUAGACGGCAAGUAUCGAAAAUCGAUCGUGAACUCCCGCAAAAGUCCGAGAAAGAUGAGAGAAGGUCAGAUUCGCGAUGUCGAAGUCAAGGAGCAAUAUCGAUUCACUGACCCGCAGACGCGCGUUCAUUCUGAAGCAUUUCAAAGUUCUUCCACGAAGAUGAAAAACUCCGAGAAGGUCAAGCAAGAACAGACUUACAUAGAGAUAGUUGACCUCGAGGAGGAAGAUCAAAGUGCCAAAGAGCGUAACAUAUGUCGUGCAGAAAAUGUUUUCCAAGAGUCUUCAAGAUCAUCCUCCUUGAAAGUGAGAAGUCCCAGAAAAAUCGAGGUGCUUCACACCGACGAAAUAAGGGAUUAUGACAGAUAUUAUAGUGAUCAAGAAACGUCUCGAUCUAGGAAGUCCCAAAAAUCUUCGAGAGCAUCUACAAGUGCAAAGAGCCCUAAAAAGAAGGGUCAAGUCUUUUACAGAGGCGAAGAUAUGAAAGAUUACAAUCGAUCUGUCAACGAUCGCGCAGCCUCUCAACUAGAGGCAGUCUUUCUAGAUUCUCCGAAGAAAUCUUCAGUGAGAAUAGAAAGUCCCAAAACAGAUUCCGAAGCCGAACUGAAGAAGCAAAAUCGACGUGCUGAUAAUCGAGAUACAUCGCGAACUGAAGAGCUCUUUCGGUAUUCUUCGAGACCGUCUUCCAUGAAGAGCCCGAAACAGACUCAAACUCAGAAGGCUGUGAAAAUGAACGAUAACCAAGGGCAACAAGCACAAGAAGCAAUAAAAACGGCAAAAAAUGCUGGUAAUAAAACAAAGUGCGACUUUAACGAAAUUAGGGACGUAUAUACGAGGAAGGUGCGACGUUAUAAUGUGCCUCUUCAGGGCAGCUUGGACUCGAUGAUCGCGUCCGAUGAAAAAUCCGCGCAGAAGCCGAAGAAAGACGACACGUUCUCGAAGAAGUCGAAGAGCUACGAAUCGAUCAAACGUAUCCAGGAGGUGUUUCUGGGAGUUCCGCCGACGAAGGCAAACAGUAGCGGCUCGCAACUCGACAUCCCGGAUGAGUUCUGUUCGAUCUGCUGUUACAUGAACGAGAUCACUUUCCGGACAGAAGAGGAAGUGAGUAGCCCGAAUCAAGAGACAUUCUACACACUCAGGUCGACCUGCAGCUCACUGGCCGACGACGAUUCCAUUGAGUGCGACCUUUGCCUUCAGGAAUCUGCCAACGAACUUGAAGGUAAAAUCCAGGAGAUUCCCUGCGAGAUUUGUACGAUCUGUGGCGAGGUAGAUGGUAGUUUUGAUCAGGAUUCCACGAUGCCGGCGGAUAGGGGUACUUUUAAAAGAAUCGAGCCGCAUCAAGAAGACGACGAUAGUUUUGAGAUUGAGAACUGCGGCUUUCAGAGCGGCACAGAAUCAGCUGAUGAUCGAAGCAGGGUCUCUGAUAAAGAAAAAGUCAAAGAUUCCGGACCAAAGUCACUUUUUAUCCACGGUUCUUCAACGAAUAGAGAUCAGCCGCGAGAGUUAUAUUUCAUACCCAAAGACGAGAUUGCGAUUUUGACGAGCGGGGCCAAAAAGGUCAAUCGCAAAGGCUCCUUAUUUAGAAAGAAGGAGGAUUUAGGCGGAAAUACACGAGAAACUAAGAGACGAUACUCUUCAGUGGAUAGUCUCCAACUGGCAAAAAUUGCCGCGAAGGCAAGCGAUAAGGUGCUCAGGAUCGCAAAGAGUGCAAUUGGAUCUGCUGAUAAUCUGCGGAUAUCGAGAGAUUCAAAAAGGUCAAAAUCUCUGCAGAGAUCUGCCGGAAGUGUGGACCGUCUGAAUAAGUCUACUGAGAAUUUGUGCUCACAAACAGAAAUUCUCGGAAAGGAAAAUGAAACUGACGACGAAGCAGCUCAGAAACUAAACACCCGAGACAAAGAAGAGGUGAAGAUGAUUCUCACACAGCACGGAAUCAAGAUUAUCAGCGAGAAGGAGACUGCCUUAUAAUCAGAAGAUUGGUAUUUGUAAGUAAUUUGAUUAUGCAGAGGAAGCAGUGGAAUACUAAAGUAUUUUGUGCAGCUGACAUUAGAAAUUACACGAAAGGAGAUUGCAAUUCAAGAGAUACGUCUCUCGUCUAUUAAUACGACGACCUUUAUAUUUAGAAAAAAAGAUUUCUGUCUGGAUUUUAUGUAAACCGAAUAAGUAAUCAAGAAAAAUGUGCGAAAUUUUUCUGUAGUGGCUUAGGAUUCAAGAUAUAUAAGAUAGGGCGCGCACGUGCAUUCGCUCAGCAUAGAAAUUUAAAAAUACAUAUAUUAAAUGAUAGAUUUACGUGUUACGAAAGCUUCAUCGGUUUUUUUAAUACAAGUAUUUCCGCGCACAUACAACUUUGAUAAAAGCCGAUAAAUCUUUUAUAA